AAUGGAUGAUGAUGGUCUUCAAUAUUCAUGCUUUUUCACACUAGAAUUCCUUAUAAAUACGGUGUUUGAUCCUCGGAUGCUUCUCAUAACUCAAUCACGUAUUUUAACUUCAAUCUUUGGGUUGGGGUUAAAAAAAAAUGGCUAGUCCUUUUGCGAAAAGGAAGAUGACAACGGUGCUGAGUAUUGAUGGAGGUGGCAUUCGAGGCAUUAUCCCAUCCACUCUUCUUGCUUUCCUUGAAACCAAGCUUCAGGAGUUGGAUGGACCAAAUGCAAGAAUUGCAGAUUAUUUCGACCUCAUUGCAGGCACAAGCACUGGUGGGUUGAUAGCCACCACGCUUACUACUCCAAACCAACAGAGCAGGCCUUCGUUCGCUGCAAAAGAUAUCAGCAAUUUCUAUUUAGAGCAUAGCCCCAAGAUUUUCCCCCAGCAUAGUCGCUUUAAUUUCCUGGCAUCAAUGGGGAAUUCAAUCAAAGCAACAUUCUCGGGUCCCAAAUAUGAUGGAAAGUACCUACGAUCAUUAACGAACCAAUUAUUACAAGACACUACACUCAAACAGACACUCACAAAUGUGCUUAUCCCAGCUUUCGAUAUCAAGCUUCUUCAGCCAGUCAUCUUCUCAACCAACGAUGCAAAGUCGGAUGUUGCGAAGAAUGCAAGGUUAGCUGAUGUGUGCAUGAGCACCUCCGCUGCUCCCACUUAUCUUCCGGCACACUACUUUGAAACUAAAGAUGCUGACGGUAAAACCCGCACAUUUGAUCUCAUUGACGGCGGAGUUGCUGCAAAUAAUCCUACAUUGCUAGCUAUAAACCAGAUUACCAAAGACAUGUGGAAGGAAAAGAGUGAGAUUGUGGGAAAUGAGGCGAUCGAUUGCAGGAGGAUGCUAGUGUUGUCACUGGGCGCUGGUGCAGCCAAGCAUGAAGAGAAAUACAAUGCAGCAGCGGCAUCCAAAUGGGGUAGGAUCGACUGGCUGUACAACGGUGGCAAAACUCCGAUUAUUGAUGUGUUUUUCGACGCAAGCUCCGACAUGGUUGAUUUCCAUACCGCUACUCUCUUCCACUCUUUUCAAUCCGAGUGUAAUUAUCUUCGUAUACAGGACGACACAUUGACGGGGGAUGCAUCGUCGGUAGACAUUGCAACUGAGAAAAAUCUGAAAAAUCUUGUGCAAAUUGGGGCAAAGCUGUUAAAGAAACCAGUCUCAAGAGUGAAUUGGGUGACCGGCAAGUAUGAAGCUGUUGAAGGAGAGUCUUCCACCAAUGAAGAAGCUCUUGUUGAUUUUGCUAAGAAGCUUUCCCAAGAACGAAAGCUUAGGCUUGCUUCAUAAAUUUCAAACUUUUUUUAAUGUAAUGUUUCCUCUUAUAAAGCUAUUCAAACCAUUUUCCUUUUAAUGGGAUGCACGGUUUUUAUUUAUUUUUAUUGUAAUUUUUUGGGUUAAAUUAUUAUUUGGGGUUUGAAUUUGGUAAUAAAUUCUACAUUGGGUUUUAAA